CGGGCUAAACCCGUAGGGAAACAGCUUCCACCCAGAGAUCUUGAGCUGUGGUCCUUGCGGACUCCGCGGACCUGCGCGGAGCCGGCCAGGAAGUGCUGUACUUCCGCUUCCGUCGGAGCGCUGACUUCUGACUGCGGCGUAGCAACGGCCGCAGGUGGGUGAGAGCGAUUGACAGACCUGUGCUUGUGUGGCAUCUGCACCUCCGCCCUCUUGGCCCUUUUCUGAAAUUCGCUGGGUGUAGAGUUACGCCCUUUAAGUGUCAGCCCGCUGGUCGGUGCCUUGUAUUUGAGCCCGAGGAAGGAGCAGUUUUCAUGAAGCCCAGAUGUUCCAGUACCUUAAGAAGAAAAUCCUUUUUGUUCCAGACCAUACUGAGUCUCAAUGGUGGUCCUAGUUGCGUGUCCACAGGAACAGAUUGUUGCAGAGCAGAACAAUAACGGCCGCAGCCCAUGAGCUGGGAAAGGAAGCAGUGCUCUUGGGAGAAACAGCAGAGGCCCGAGGCUUCAAGCUGAAGCCAGCAGAGCCCCAGCCAGUGGGCAUGUCCCAGGAUGAAGAAUUUUGGAAUACAUACCAGGGUGUACAAGAACAGCUGAGCAGAAAAACUCAUAAAGAGACUGAGCCUGUGUGUGAGAGGGCCGGGCCUGCUCACCAGAUCCUAGCCUUUCCUGAGCAGACAAACACCAAAGACUGGACAAUGGCACCUGAGCUCAUCUUGCCUGAGUCUCAGAGCUUAUUGGCAUUUGAAGAAGUGGCUGUGUAUUUUUCCCAGGAAGAAUGGGAGUUACUGGAUCCCAGUCAGAGGGCCCUCUACAAUGAUGUAAUGCAGGAAAACUAUGAGACUGUCAUCUCUCUAGCUAUAUUUGUGCUUCCCAAACCUAAAGUGAUCUCCUGUCUAGAGCAAGGGGAAGAGCCAUGCGUUCAAGGAUCCCCGAAUUUCAAGGACAGUCCUGGAGCACUGUCUAUGGGGCUAAAGCUGAAAAAUGACACUGAAAAUCAUCAGUCGAUAUGCCUUUCUGGUUUAGAAAUUCAAGCACCAGGAGACUUAAUAUCAAAAAUAGCCAGAGUGAAUGUUCUCCAGAAAACAACAGGCAAAGAGAAUUAUGUUGAGGUGCACAAGAUGGGGAAAUGGCACCAAGAUUUGCCAGUGAAUAAAAGAGAGAAACUUGUAACCUGGAGACAAGAGCUGCUGAAACUUGUGGAUCGUCACAAGAAAGAACGUGCAGGAGAGAAGCCUUUUAAAUGCCAGGAAUGUGGGAAAAGCUUCCGAGUUAGCUCUGACCUCAUAAAGCACCAAAGGAUUCACACUGAAGAGAAACCAUAUAAAUGUCCACAGUGUGAUAAGAGGUUUAGAUGGAGUUCAGAUCUUAAUAAGCAUUUAACAACACACCAAGGAAUAAAACCAUAUACAUGCUCAUGGUGUGGGAAAAGCUUUGGUCAGACUUCAAAUCUUCAUACACAUCAAAGAACUCACACUGGAGAAAAGCCCUUUACAUGUUAUGAAUGUGGAAAAAAAUUCAGUCAGAACUCCCACCUUAUUAAACACCAGAAAACCCACCUGGCCAUACUACUGGACUACAACUCCCAGGGUGCAGUACGACGACGGAGCGCCGUUCCCGGACAACGUCGACAGGUCCAGCAGUCAAUAGACGAGAGAGCUCGCCCUCGAGAAGGCAAUCCUUCUGGGAAGGAGGGGACUCUCCUGUGGCGUAGCCCCUUGGCCGCUAGCUGGCUCCUGGGUUCCGGUUCCCUGGUCCCCAGAGAGGUGAGUCCGCUGCAGGUGGGCGUGGGGUGCGGGGCUCUUAGCAACGCUGGCAUCCUAGGCGCCAGCCUGGGCUCUAACCCCGCCACGAAGUUGAGCCGCGCACGGGAGUACGCGAGUUUCUCCAAGCCCAGGGUCAGCUGGUACGCGGGGCCCGAGCCGGGCGCCUUCGGUGCGCGGAGCGGCUGGGCCUGCGAAUCUUCGGGACAUUCAGAAAGACUUCUCCAGGGCCAUGAUCCCUCAGGCUUGAGCUGUUUGCAAGGAGAGAGAAGCUGUCUCCUGAGCCCCAAAAUGGCGGCUAAGAUGGAGAUAACUUUGAGCUCGCAGUCCCACAUUCAGGCUUCCUCCAAGCAAGAGAGACACAUCAUAACAAAGCUAGAAGAGAAACGGGGGCCGGCUCUGCAAAAAGACUGUCCCGAUCCUGAGCUCUCGCGCCAGAGCUUUAGACGGUUUUGUUAUCAGGAGGUGUCUGGACCCCAAGAGGCACUCUUCCGGCUCCGACAGCUCUGCCGUCAGUGGCUGCAGCCCGAGGUGCACACCAAGGAGCAGAUUUUGGAGCUGCUAGUGCUGGAGCAAUUUCUGAACAUCCUGCCCCCGGAGAUCCAGGGUCGGGUCAGGCAUCGAUGUCCAAUGAGCAGCAAGGAGAUGGUGACUCUGGUGGAAGAUUUUCACAGAGCAGCCAAAAGACCAAAGCAGUGGGUGGCUGUUUGUAUGCAAGGGCAGAAGGUGCUCUUGGAAAAAACUGGAUCUCAGCUUGGAGAACAGGAACUGCCAGAUUUUCAACUGCAAACUCCUAGGAGAUAUUCUAGGGAGAGCUGUCUGGAGGAGGAGCCUUCUCAGGCAGGACCUCAGGACCAGCUGAGCCCCCAUCACUGGGAAAAAUCUCCACUCCUCCUGGAGCCAGCCUCCAAAUUUCCUGGGACAGAGGCCCCCAGAAUGAAAAGUGAGAACAAGGAAAAUCCCCAACAGGAGGGGACUAAAGGAACAAAGCCAUGUGCAAUGUCAGCUGGCAGAUCCAAAGGAAGUGGUCUGCAGAGUCCUGAACCAAGAGGGGCUAAUAUAAGUGAAUCCCGGUUGUCACGGAGGCAGGUCAGCCCCCCAAAUGCUCAAAAGCCAUUCUCUCAAUACCAGAGACAUUGCAGGGAACUGGAAUACAUCAGCAGCCCUUUAAAAAGCCACCCACUAAGAGAGCUGAAGAAAAGCAAAGGAAGUAAAAGAAGCCUAAGCAAUCGUUUGCAACGUCUUGGUCACCAACCAACAUGCUCAGCGAAGAAACCUUACAAAUGUGAUGACUGUGGGAAAAGCUUCACAUGGAAUUCAGAACUGAAAAGACACAAGCGAGUCCACACAGGGGAAAGACCCUACACAUGUGGAGAGUGUGGAAAUUGCUUUGGGCGACAGUCAACCCUGAAACUUCACCAGCGGAUUCAUACUGGAGAGAAGCCAUACCAGUGUGGCCAGUGUGGGAAAAGCUUUCGCCAGAGCUCAAACCUUCAUCAGCAUCACAGACUGCACCAUGGGGACUGAAAGCAGGGCUUUGUUCUUUCUGUUCAGAAGGAAGGUAUUUGUGUUUCUCUUUCCCCUUAAUUGCAUGUCAAUCACAAAGACUGUCUGUGACUUACAAGGAAAGCAGGAGGUCCCUGAGGAAUGAUGGUGCACAUUUCACUGGUGAGGAGUCCCAGGAGAAACUGCUGGGGACGUGACUGUGCAUGGUGACAAAGUGAAGAAAUGGCAGUUCUGGGCAUUGGGUGAAAGAGAACUGGGGUCUCUGCUGGACAGCGGGAUAUAACUACUGAGGGAGAACCAGGAUGAUCCUGCAAGUGCCCCCACUCCAUGUUCAGUCUUCCCUGCACUGCUUUAUUUAUCCUCAAGGGUAAAUUCUAUAUAUAGUUAUACAUCUGCUGUUAUACCAGAUAAUCUUUAUCAUGCACACACUUCUUUAAUAAAGAUGGGUGAUCCACAAGAA